UCCUUGGAACCCGACAAUGGCGUCGUCCCUGCAUCUAAACUUUAGAAUCUGAGGGUGGCAACACCAGCUUCACAAGAACAAAGUGGUCUUCCCUUCACCCUCAGUGGAGUUCUCUGGGAAGCUCCCAGGGGCCAGGGAGCGAGCUCUACAGUCCCUAAGAAGGGGGAUAAUGUGAAGACUGUCUCACCACGAGAACUCUGACGCAAGAACUCUUCAAGGGCAGAGGAAGAUUGCCAACUCUUGAGCCAAGAUACAUACUGUGUCCAACUUCCAUCGUGGCAGUCAUUGAGAUUGAGGCCUGUGUUCCUGAAAGCCUCGUCUCUGACACCAGCUGCCAAAGUGCCUGAGACCCGUUCAACCCAGAAGUGGAUACAAGGCAUCUUCAAUCCCCAAGGUUCAUUCUGUGGCGGUCACGCAGUUGACUACACCUGAAUGUUCCUCUCCACAGCCCAUCUACUUGACUCUGUGGUUUAUAAUUAUCAAACAUCCAGCUUUCAGCCAAUGAGGUUUCUACCAAGUCUGCUACCUCAAUAAAUAACAGGCCACUGAUUAGCCUCACAAUCAGUCACAAGCACAGCACUAAGGCUGAUUUGGACCCUGAGCUCUGAGCAACUAGCAGGGUUACAGGGAAACCUACAGUCAGAAGCAGCUGUGUCUUUGGUCUUUGAGAUCUUAGCCUCCGAAGUCUCCCAUGGCUCCUUAUCAUAUCCGAAAAUACCAGGGCAGCGACCACAGGAGUGUGGUGGAUUUGUUCCGCAGAGGCAUGGAGGAGCACAUCCCCGCCACCUUUCGCCACAUGCUGCUGCUGCCCCGAACCCUCCUGCUCUUACUCGGGGUCCCUCUUACUCUAUUCCUGGCCUCAGGCUCCUGGCUUCUGGUUCUUCUGUCCAUCCUUACCCUCUUUCUUUCCCUGUGGUUCCUUGCAAAAUACACAUGGGAAAAGCAUGUGAUGAACUGUUUGCACACAGACAUGGCUGACAUCACCAGAACCUACCUGAGUUCUCACUCCUCCUGCUUCUGGGUAGCUGAGUCUAGAGGUCAGACAGUGGGCAUGGUGGCUGCUCGGCCAGUGAAGGACCCCCUCCUGCAGAAGAAGCAACUGCAGCUACUUCACCUCUCUGUGUCAUUGCAGCACCGAAGAGAAGGCCUAGGGAAAGCUAUGGUCAGGACUGUCCUCCAAUUUGCACAGAUGCAGGGCUUCAGUGAAGUUGUCCUUUCCACCAGCAUGCUGCAGUACGCAGCCCUGGCUCUCUACCAGGGCAUGGGCUUCCAGAAGACUGGCGAGACCUUCUACACCUAUUUGUCCAGACUAAGGAAAUCUCCAAUGAUAAACUUAAAGUAUAGCCUCACUUCUCCUUGGGAAGGGGACCUGUGAUCUCUCUCCUCUGGGCGUCAAUCAGGAUCUGAUUGCUUCUGUAAUAGUAACAAGCAGACCCAGCUACUUCAGGUGCAAACCACUAACCCUCACUCUCAAGCACAUCUGAGUAAGUGUUUUGUGGGUGGGCUUGGGGCAAUGGUUACUCUGUGUUAUCUAGGCUUUCUGAGGUAUUCUUUAGCUAACAUAACGCCAUGUAUAAAAAGUAACACAAUAUGAACUAACCAGUACCCCGGAGCUCUUGACUCUAGCUGGAUAUGUAUCAAAACAUGGCCUACUCGGAGGCCCAUUGGACUUGCAAACUUUAUAUGCCCCAGUACAGGGAAAUGCCAGGGCUAAAAAGUGGGAGUGGGUGGGGAGGGGGGUGGGGGGGAAGGGUAUGGGGGACUUUUGGGAUAGCAUUGGAAAUGUAAAUGAGAAAAAUACCUAAUAAAAAAAAAGGAAUGAAAAGAAAAAAACAGUAA